AUGAGUCUUGAGAAGCUCGUCGAGCAAUGGCUUGACGCCAUCCCAGACUCAUUCAACACCAACAACCCUGACAUAUAUCCCCUUCAGAAACCUCACUGCACCAAGCGCAAACGUUCUCACAGGAGCUGGUCGCGCUUCACUCCGCCCCCGUCCAACGACAGCAUGUCUGGGAGACGACCUUCACCAAAGCGAAAGCGAAGCGCGUCCAAUGACCAGGACCAAGAGGAUCUUGACGCAACACCAAGGUCAAACCAGGCAUCUGCAUCUGCACCUCCACUUUUCAACGACAAUCCUAUGCCUCUUCGCUUAGGCAAAGUCCCCAGCAUACCACCAUCGGAAUCAUCAUUUGCGUCACAAUCUUCGCCUGGAACAUCGCCCGGCAGGAAAGGUCGAGCAAAGAGUCCUGUCAAGAACAACAACAGCCUCCAAGCUUUGGACGUGCCCGUCGACUUUGUCAAGCUUGGAGACGAUGGAGUUGAUGUUCUCCCGCCUGAUGUGCAUUACCUUUUUGAGAAGCUGCAGGAUAUCAACGACAAGGAGGAGUUCAUCCCGGGCGAGAUGAUAGAUCAUGUCAAGAUAGUCAUCCGCCGCGUCAAACCCGGAUGGUUCAAAAAGCCCCAGAAUCCGCAAGAGUCUACCAGAAUCAGUGUCCUAACGCAAGAACUCGACCUUCUGCGCCAAAUUGAGUCCGAUGCAGAGCAAUGUGAACUCUCCGACUGCUCCGAAGCUUCUUGGAAUAUGUGGGUUCACAUGCCCAUCCUACGCCACGCAUUAUCAGCCCAUCCAACCAUCCGCGUCGAGCCAGCAUUAUCAGCCAAGAUCGCAUCGCCCUUUGUCCCAACAGCGAAUGGAAAAGCGGCUGUAGUCGAGAGUAAGAUGAUCGAUUUCACACUGCUUCUGUGGCUGAACAGAGGAAGUCCGCGGACUACGUCUCAUGAUGCGGCUGUUCCAGAAGCAGAUGUUCACUUAAUGGAUGAGAUUGCAAAGACGGUUUGGAGGCAGCCUGUUGAGGCUCAGUUCGUCAACCAGUCGACAUAUGCGCCGUUGCGCUUCGCCCCUAUUGCAUGCAACAUCGAGACGAAAACAGCAACGUCGGCAAACCAAGGAAAGCUACAGCUAUCGGUCUGGACAGCUUCCUGGUUCAAGAGAGUCUCAGAACUUGUCCCUGGUGGUAACGUGCCCACGAUUCCGCUCAUCCACGUUGUCGGGCACGAGUGGCAUGUUUCCUUUGCGUCUCUACACAAGAAUCAUAUUGAAAUUGCGGAGGAGCUGUCUAUUGGAGAUACUAGGACGCUGUUGGGCUUGUAUCAACUUGUUGCAUCGCUGAGAAGGAUUGGCGAUUGGAUUGCGAUGACGUAUCGGAAAUGGGUGGAGGAGGCGUUUGGACGGUACAGAGAGGAACAGGCCCAAGUUGAUGUUGAGGGUGGUUUGGGGGAGGACGGAGUAGCGUAG